CGAAAUUCUUCUGAUUUGACACCUCCACCCCAUCCCAGCGUCGUUGUCUGUCUCAAGGGAUCGCUCAUGGAGUCUGUGGGCAAGUUUGAGUUCAGUCGGAAAGACCUGAUCGGUCAUGGAGCUUUUGCUGUUGUUUUCAAAGGCAGACACAAAGAGAAGCAGGACCUGGAGGUUGCAGUCAAAUGUAUCAAUAAGAAAAACCUGGCCAAGUCCCAAACCCUUCUGGGGAAGGAAAUCAAAAUCCUGAAGGAGCUGAAACAUGAAAACAUUGUCGCCUUAUAUGACUUCCAGGAAUUGGCCAGUUCCGUUUAUCUGGUCAUGGAGUAUUGCAAUGGCGGAGACCUGGCUGAUUACCUUCACACCAUGCGGACCUUGAGUGAAGACACCAUCCGGCUAUUUCUUCAGCAGAUUGCAGGAGCCAUGAAAAUGCUGCACAGCAAGGGGGUUAUUCACCGAGACCUGAAGCCCCAGAACAUCCUUCUUUCAUGUACUGGAGGACGGCGGUCCAACCCCAACAAUAUCCGCAUUAAGAUAGCUGACUUUGGAUUUGCAAGAUACCUGCAGAACAACAUGAUGGCUGCAACUCUAUGUGGAUCUCCCAUGUACAUGGCACCUGAGGUUAUUAUGUCCCAGCACUAUGAUGCCAAAGCUGACUUGUGGAGCAUCGGUACCAUCAUCUAUCAGUGCCUGACUGGCAAGGCUCCUUUCCAGGCCAGCAGCCCUCAAGACCUUCGUCUCUUCUAUGAGAAAAACAAGACCCUCACGCCCAACAUCCCGCGAGAAACGUCAUGUAAUUUAAAGCAGCUGCUUUUGGGACUUCUGCAGAGGAGCCAGAAGAACCGAAUGGACUUUGAUGAAUUCUUCCAUCAUUCGUUUUUGGAUGCAGGCUCCUCCAUGAAGAAAUCUGCACCUGUGCCAAUGCCCUCUUAUCCCAGUUCAGGGUCUGGAAGCUCCUGCAGCAGUUCUUCCACAUCACACUUGGCAUCUCCCCCAUCUCUUGGAGAAAUGCAGCAGCUACAAGAGAAAACCCUAGUUUCCCCCAUACCUGACUCUCCAGGCUUUCUUCAAGGCUCAAAGGAAUCUGGUGGAAGCAGCAGCAAAAACUCCUCUUGUGACACAGACGACUUUGUUAUGGUGCCUGCACAGUUUCCAGGUGAUAUUGCUGAAGCUGCUACAAGCAAACCUACCCAGGAUACUUUAAUGUGUAGUGGUUCUUUGCUGACAUCAACUGGCCAGGAGAGCCGAGCUCGAACUCCUUCCCCUACACCACUUUAUAGCUGCUCUCCCAGCACGUCCAGACUGCCUCAGACAUCAGGAAGCAGGUGUGGCCAGUCAGUGCCCAUUCCAGUACCAAGCCAAAUUGACAAUUAUCGGAGGAUAGAGCAGAACCUGCACUCCCCCACCCAGUACACCCCACAGAAAUCUGGUAUGGUGAGAAAGUCCAGCAGUGCCAGUCCAAUCAAUUUCAUGAGGGCUGGAAAUUCUCCUCCGUUCCCUGUAGAGUACGCCAUUGCUCCAACUACAAGAAGGCUUUCGUUUGGAGGGGCGAAACCAUACAUUCCCUCUCCACAGGUGGGGACUAUACCUGAGCAACCGGUGCAAGACUUUAGUAGCAGUCCUGGAGGGGCUGAACACAGAAACAGGAGUCCUGUCUAUGGUGUUCCAGCACAGAGCUCUUGUGGAAUGGGAUCUCGUCACAGCGCUCCUAACUUGUCAGAUUUACAACCGUGCCGGCAGAAAAUCAAGAAACAGCUAUCAGAUCCUAUGAUGCCCAAAGGCACCCACACACCACAAUGUUCACCCCAACAAAUCCAUAAUAUUCAACCCACACGACCUCUCAGGUCCUCCCCCAAGUUAUCUGAGUUCAUGCAGAGAAGCCCCCUUCCUACUAUACUGGGUUCACCAACAAAGAGUAUAUCACCAUUUGAGUUCCCCAAGGGAGGUAGCUCCCAAAACUUGCUAACUCUUCUCACUCAGCAAGGAAUGAUGGUCCCUCCAACCAGGAACAAGACUCUCCCAGACCUGAAGAAUGCAGUUCAGUACCAGUACCAGCAACCUGGUCUGGGCCUACGUCCUGUGGAAGAAGGGAAAGGUCCUUUCGGCAGGUCUCUCAGCACUGGCAGACUCACAGAUCUCCUGCUUAAAGCAGCAUUUGGAACACAGGCUACAGAGAUUGGGAGCACAGAUAGUCUCAAUGCAGAGAAGCCCAUGGAAAUAGCAGCACCUUUAAUUGGCUAUGGAGGAAACUUUCCCAGUGGGGCUCAAGGUUCUCUCAGUCCAGCUCCUGUAAUCUUCACUGUGGGCUCUCCCCCCGAUGGAACAGCUACUACCCAAGCAGCACGAACCCGGCUCUUCUCAGUUGGAUCUUCAAGUUCUCAAAGCUCGGCUGGCUCAUACACUGGCAGACAUGUUGUGGUUGGCGCAGGAGGUGAGACCUUUGAAGCUCCUUCUAGCCUCAGGUAUACGUUCCAAGAAGCCACUACAGCAAACGCUGACGGAGUUGUGAUGUUUGAGGUUCCUGAGCUUCCUGAGGAGACGCUUAUGGAGCAAGAACACACAGACACCCUACGCAGCUUACGGUUCUCUCUGGCCUUUGCUCAUUCAGUCAUGGAGAUUGCCAGCCUUAAGGGAAGCUCUGUGGAUACCAGUGCAUCUGUCACGUCUGAGUACCAGAUGCAAGAGAGUGUCGUGGCCGAUCAGAUCAGCCUUCUAAGCAGAGAAUGGAGUUAUGCUGAACAGCUAGUUCUUUAUUUGAAAUCGGCAGAACUUCUCUCAAAUGGGUUACAGACUGCCAUGGAGCAAGUCAGGACUGGUAAACUGUGUCUCUCUUCCACUGUUAAACAGGUGGUGAAGAAGUUAAACGAGCUGUAUAAAUCUAGCGUGUCCUCUUGUCACUGCCUAAACGUACGGCUCCAGAGGUUCUUCGCUGACAAACAGAAGCUGAUGGAUCGAAUCAACAGCAUCACGGCUGAAAAGCUUAUCUUCAGCUACACUGUCCAAAUGGUACAGUCAGCGGCUCUGGAUGAAAUGUUUAACCACAGGGAAGACUGUGUACAGAGGUAUCAUAAAGCUUUGCUUCUCAUGGAUGGAUUGCUCAGCUUCAUGACCGAUCAUGCAGAUAUAGAAAACAUCAACAAAUGUAAACUUUGCAUAGAACGUAGACUAUAUGCGCUUCAAGGAAGUAUUUGCGCAUAAAGCAUUGUCUCCACCAUUUUCCGGUUUGCAUCUUUGGCUUACCCCACAAAAAAAAGCAUUGCAAGUACUGUGACAGAGUUUUAGGUUUAUGCCAUUUUCUAGGCUCUUUACGUGCAGCAGGCAAGGCUGCAGAUUAUUCGGUGUCUAAAAUAGUGUGACCCUUUAUCAAGCUGCAAGUCCCUUCAACUGCUGGAAGAAUAUGAAACAAUGGAACUCUUAAUUUAACAGAAUGAUGGAUCUUUUCCAUAGC